AUGUCUACUCAAAACCUCGAAACCGACCAGGAUGCGAAGACCAUCUACAACUACCAUCGCAUGGGCAUGCCCCUCCGCCCCGCCUCCGCCGUAUUCUGCCUCUGCAGCCUGGAUACACGCGUAGCUUCCCGCGCUGCUCAGCUCUUCCUCGACGGGUACGGCGACUACCUUAUCUACUCGGGCGGUGCAGGAAAGCUUACGGAGAGUCGUUUCUCAAAGCCCGAAGCUGAAGUCUUCGCGGAAAUCGCGCAGGGUAUGGGCGUUCCGCACGACAAGAUCAUUGUUGAGCCCCUGUCGACGAACACUGGCGAGAAUGUGCGCUUCACGUAUGCAUUGUUGAAGGAUAAGGGAUUGAAGGCCGAUAGCUUCGUCUUGGUACAGAAGCCUUACAUGGAGAGACGCACUUAUGCGACAUUCCGGAAGCAGUGGCCUGAUGCGCAGACGGAGUUUACGGUCACCAGCCCUGAGUUCGGGUUUGAGGAUUACUUUGACGCAGAAAACCCCAAGGAGCUUGUCGUGAACAUCAUGGUGGGAGAUCUUGUAAGGAUUCGGGAGUAUCCAGCAAAGGGGUUCCAGAUUGAGCAGGAAAUUCCAGAGGAGGUGUGGGAGGCCAACUCGAGACUCAUCGCUGUGGGCUAUGAUGGACAUUUGCCAUGA